AUGUGUAAAUGUUUUGAAUGUGCAACUUAUGUUCACACUUGUAAAAAAUAGUGUUAUUGUGGGAUAAAUAUAAGAAAAGAAGAAUGUGAUGAUGGUAUGUUUAUACUUAUAUAAAAAAGAAUUUUAAAGAAUAAUAAUUUAAUUAUAUGGAAAUUGUAAAAAUUGUAAGAUUUUUUGUAGACCUGAUUGUUAAUAAUGUGAUUAUACAAAGGGAAUAUGUUUAUAUUGUAGAGAAGUGUUAAUGUUAAACUAAAAUUAUUACAUAAAUAUAUGUGGAGAUGGAAUUCUUGUGAAUGUACCAGGUCUACCAUUUAAUGAUGGUAAUGCAAUUGAAUUUGAUGGUUUUAGCCAUAAGUGUUAGUUUUAAUGUUAAAACAGUAAGAUUUGUGAAUUUUAUCAUGAAUAUAAAUGUAAAUUAUGUUAAUAUGGAUAUCAUCUAAAUAUGAUGAUGAAUCAAGGUUAAUGUGAUUCAUCUUAUCUUGAUUGCGAUUUAUCCGAAGAAAAAGGAUGUAUCAAAUGUAAGAUUGGAUAUGAAUUAAGAAAUAAGAUUUGUUAUCCAAUCUGUGGUGAUUCAAUUAUUUCAUAUCAUGAAUAAUGUGAUGAUGGUAAUAUGAAUAUUGAAGAUGGAUGUCAUUAAUGCUAAUAUACUUGUGAAUUUACAUGUAAAUAAUGUUUACUUGAGUAUUGCAUGAUUUGUGAUGAUGGUUAUGAAAUGUAAUUUGGAAGAUGCUAAAUACAUUAUAUAUAUUAGAAACUGGAUAAGUAGAGGAUCAGUAUUCAUAAAUUCAAUCAUUUUAAUAUCUUUUACAAAAUAUUCAUUAAUUCAGUCUCAAAAGAUUAAAAUGUAUAGAAUAAGAAGGAUAUUAUUAUGGUGAUUAAUUUAAUAAAUGUUAUUCUAAAUGUGGAGAUAAUAUUAACGCAGGAAAAGAACUAUGUGACGAUGGAAAUGAGAUACUUUAAGAUGGAUUUUAUCAAUGCCAAUUUUCAUUUAAAUAAUUAUAUAACACAUGUCUUUAAGGAAUUGAAUUUGUCAAAAUUGUUAACUUGGAUAUAAAUUACAAAAUUCAAUUUGUGUUAAUGCUUGUGGAGAUGGAUUAAUGUUCCCUUCUAAAUAGUGUGA